AUGAUAUUAGCCAAUCUUCCGCACGAUUUGGAAUCGGAGAUACUAGCUAGGGUUCCGGCGAAGUCUCUUUCGCAACUGAAAACGACUUGCAAACGAUGGUACGCUCUAUUCAAUUUGAUGAGGAUUUGGGUGAGCAAUAAGGUUGAUGAGGAGGGUAAAGAGUUAUCGUGGAGGAAAGAUUUCGUCUUGGAAGUGGAUUUUGACAAGUUUCAACUCCCAUGUGAGGUGAAUGUGGCGAGCUUUUUGUUGAACGAGGAGAAGAAAGUGGCAGUGUUUUGUGAGACUAAAGCGACCAAGGGUGAAGAGCAGACCAGAAUCUACAUUGCUGGUGAGGGUAUGUAUAAGCAAGUCUGUAAAGAAGGUAGUGUAAAUGUAACUCGUCUCAGUUAUCCACUUCUCCUCACCUAUGUUCCAAGCUUGGUUUGCAUUCACUAA